GCGGUGGCGGCGGCGAUGAUGCUGUCGGCGGGCGGCAGCGGCGCGGGGCCCGCGGGGGCGGGCGCGGCGGCGGCGGCAGCGGGCGGCGGCCCCGGCGGCGGGGGCUGGGACGGCGACUUCCUGGCGCGCUACCGGCUGGUGUCGGCCAAGCUGCGCAAGAGGUUCCUGCGCAAGCCCAACGUGUCGGAGGCGGCGGAGCAGUUCGCGGCGCUGGCGCGGGAGCUGCGCGCGCAGGAGAGCCUGCCCUACGCCGCCUGGUGCCAACUGGCCGUGGCGCGCUGCGCCCAGAGCCUCUUCCACGGCCCGGGCGAGGCGCAGGCGCUGACCGAGGCGGCGCGGCUCUUCCUGCGCCAGGAGCGCGACGUGCGGCAGCGCCUGGGGCUGAGCGGCGGCUUCGGCGAGCACCUGCAGGCGGCGCAGAGCUGCUUCGCCUUCGCCGCGCGCCUGCACCUGGAGCUGGGGCAGCCGGCACUGGCGGCCGGGCUGUGCCUGGAGCUGGGCUCGGUGCUGCGCGACAUGGGGCAGCCGGGCCAGGCUGCCCCACACUUCCAGCGUGCUGUCGAGCUGCUGGCGGCCGCCCAGCUGCCCCUGGAGGCGCUGCGCUGCCUGGGCGAGCUGGCCUCCUGCUUGCUGCUGAGCCGUGACCAUGAUGGCGCCCUGGCUGUGCUCACCCAGGCGCAGCUGCUGGCCCAGGCCGGGCCCAGCCCGCCCAGCGGUGCCUUCCUAGAAGUGCUGGUGCACUGUGAGGUGUCCCGCGUGCUGCUGCUGCUGCUGCUUCAGCCGCCGCCACCCAAGCUGCUGCCGGAGCACGCUCGCACCCUGGAGAAGUACUGCUGGGAGGCCUUUGAGAGUGGGGCUGGGGUAGGUGCUGGGCAGCUGCCCCAAGCUGCCUACCUGCCCCCUGGCCUCUUUCUUCUGCUCCAGUCAGCUGUUAUGGCCUGCCAGGAGAAGGACCUCGAGGCACUCAAGGUGUUGCAGGCUGAGCUCUGGCCACUUCUCAGCCCCGAGCAGAACCACUUGCUGCACCUGGUGCUGCAGGAGAUGAUCAGUCCCUCCGGGCAGGGAGUCUGAGUCCCCUCUGCCUUCAUGCAGUGGACCAGCUUUGUUCAACUGCUGCCACCUUCAUGUGGAGGUGGGAAGCAAGGGGAUGAGUGUCAGCCCGCUGCUGCUGCUGUCCUGGGAUUCAGCGCUCCUUGGGCCUCGCCCACCCUGGCAUUGAUGUCACUCCUGCUUGCUUGCUCUUUGACAGUGAUACACUCGUGCUCACUCUGUGACAGUGACUUGGUGCUUCCACAGACACUGGGUUUGCUUGAACUGAGCUGCUGCUGCUAAUUUCACAAAAGCCAAAACCUACCUGGCAUCACCAGCGAAACAAACUUGUAUGCCACCUAGAGCAGAGCUCAGCCUCCUCACUGCUACUAGGAAUAAUCUUUUGUCACCAAUCCUGACCUCCUAUCUAGUCCCUGUUGAGAACUACCAUCAGCAUUGCAACUUAUUUCACCCUCCUCCUCCUACCACUUGCUGUGGGCUUCUGUAUCCCACUGCAGCUGACUCUUUCCCACCUCCCACUGUCAUCCUCCGUGUAUAGAGGAGAGUGGUUUGGUGUCACAAGGGACAAUUCCCAUGUUUAGAGGACUAUGAAUUUGCACAAGCUAAUUUUUCCUCUCCUACUUCUGGCCCUAAGACUCUCCCUUCAUCCCCACUGAAGAAUAAUUCUGCUUUCCCCCUACAGCUCAGGGGAAAAUUGGAGACUCCUGCCACUGUAUAAUAUGACCUAGCACAGAGCACAGCAGUGAUGGUCUGGACUUGCUUGCUAUGUCUUCUGGAUAAAUAGCUACACUCAUUUUCCCAACAGCCUGCAAAAAAGCCAGAGCCUGUUCUAGUUUAAAAUCCAAGGUGUAAUGACUGGUGCAUUUUGUGUACAUUUUAAAAAUUAGAAUAUUCCUUGUACCAGCCAAUUCACAUAUGUAUUUAAAGUGGUAACUUGAAAAACAGAAGUGACAUGUUGAUGAUAGUGCUUUUUCUCCUCUGUUCCAGUUUAGUUUAGUGCUGGAAUCUUGCCUGAACUUGUCCUGUCAUCUUAACUAUUGGAUCUGUCCCUUGCUCUGUUACUACAAUACUACAGAAAGCACUCUAAAUACAAAAAAAGCAUUCUGUAUGGUUCUGUAAGCAGCUCUCUAGUAAUAUUGGGCACAAAGAUGGUUUAGAAGCUUACAGUGGGGAAAAGUGCAAGCUACAGCCGAAGCAACGUGGACAUGUGCAUGUUCUCUUUGGGGGCUGGACCCGAUGAUCUGCAAGGUCCCUUCCAGCCCCUAACAAUCUAUGAAUUUUGCUUCUGAUAGUAUUGUCCAACAGAUGCAUCUGCAUUUAUGCAGUGCAUAACUCUGUAGUGCUGUUAGGUACUGCAUUUGUAUGUCACAGUUAACUUUAAUAUAUGUAAUUGUAAGUGAGAAGGAGUGCCAUGGUAUACAAGAAUGCUCUUGUGUCAACCAAAAAACCUUUUGCCUUCAUAAUGGAGGACAAAAUUAAGUCCCUGAAAUGGCCCUUCUUUUAUAGCACAUGAAUUUGGAUUAGUUUUAAUGUUUUGUGACUUUGUUUUAAAAUGCCAGAACAGUUGGAUAGCUGUAGGGACAAAUCCAUGAGGGGUGUAAUGGUCUGGCUGCACCCUCCUUUUGGGCUGGGCUGGAUUGCACUGCAGGACUGUAAGCCCUCAACGUAAGUAAAAAUCAUCUUUCUUCUCUGUA